CUUGUGGCACCCAGGCUGCGCCAUGGGGAAUCUACCAUCUGCUGCGAAGCACUGCCUCAGCUACCAACAGCUUCUCCGCGAGCAUCUGUGGAGCGGAGAGUCAGUGGCAGGGGCGCUGGACCCCGCGCAGGAAGUAUCCCACUUAUCUGGAUUCCCUGAAUAUGUGAAAAUAGUAGAAGUUGGACCUAGGGAUGGAUUGCAGAAUGAAAAGGUUAUAGUGCCAACAGAUAUAAAAAUUGAAUUCAUCAAUCAACUUUCCCAAACUGGCUUGUCUGUAAUAGAAGUUACCAGUUUUGUGUCCUCCAGAUGGGUACCACAGAUGGCUGAUCACACCGAAGUGACGAGAGGCAUUCAUCGGUACCCAGGAGUUCGCUAUCCUGUCCUUGUACCUAAUCUUCAGGGUUUUCACCAUGCUGUUGCUGCUGGGGCCACUGAGAUAGCAGUUUUUGGUGCUGCUUCUGAAUCUUUCAGCAAGAAGAAUAUUAACUGCUCCAUCGAAGAAAGUAUGGGAAGGUUCGAGGAAGUUAUCACCUCUGCAAGGCACAUGGACAUCCCAGUACGAGGGUAUGUGUCUUGUGCCCUGGGCUGUCCGUAUGAAGGAAGCAUUGCACCACAGAAAGUCGCAGAAGUCUCAAAGAGGUUGUACGGCAUGGGCUGCUAUGAGAUCUCUUUGGGAGACACGAUUGGAGUGGGCACCCCAGGCAGCAUGAAGAUGAUGCUGGAAAGUGUCAUGAAGGAAAUCCCUCCAGGGGCUCUUGCUGUGCACUGCCACGACACCUACGGACAAGCCCUCGCAAAUAUCCUAACAGCUCUUCAGAUGGGAGUUAAUGUGGUGGACUCUGCUGUAUCUGGGCUAGGUGGCUGUCCUUAUGCAGAAGGUGCUUCUGGGAAUGUAGCCACUGAGGACGUGAUAUAUAUGCUUAAUGGCAUAGGACUCAAUACAGGUGUGAAUCUCUACAAGGUGAUGGAAGCUGGAGACUUUAUCUGCAAGGCAGUGAAUAAAACCACAAACUCCAAAGUUGCUCAAGCCACCUUCAAAGCUCGACUUGAAUGAAUUUAGGAUUUGAGAGUUAAAAGAUUCAUUUCAGUCCCAAUUCAUCGCAGAAUCAUUAAUGCCAACCCAUUCUGAAGUGGAGGUUAAUUAAAAAAAAAAAGAGCUGGGAAAGAAGCGAUGCUAUGAAAAGAUUAUCACUGGCUAGACCACGACGCAGAUGGAAGGCUUGCAAGCUGAGACUUAACACUGGUGGGCAGCCUUAUGGAUGUGGACAAAGCCUGCUCAUUUGCGCUUACAGAAUUCAUUUAAUUUUUACCUUAGUCGAUGUGAAAACUGACUUCAGAUUUCUCGAAGUAUCCAGUACUGUGUUAAUCCUUCACCAAGCCAGCUUACCACAGGGUACAUAUUGUUAGUAGUUUACGAGCGUCGACACAACACAGAGUGUGUGGCCCUGACGCUGUUUUCUGCCUAUGGAUCCCGACUUUCCAUUUGCCAAGUUUGUUAAGUUAUGGACCGAGAGCCAAAUUUUCAUCUGACCCUACAUAAUUUUUAGCAAUAGAACUUUUAUACUUUAAGUAUGGCUAACAUCUGUUAACUAUUUCAAUGACUUUACUGUGCUCCAAGAUGCUGUGGUCAAUGGCAAGAUGCCAUAUCCUGAAAAUACAUCAUACCUCCCAUGUUUACUCCAUGUAUCCAGUUUGCUGUGUUUUACAAUUAUAUCAAUUGUAGAAAAAGUUCAGUUUUAUUUAAACAUAGAGAAACUCUUAAGGUCUAGUUUUCAUCCUGGUGUCUAAGGGACGGCGAUGACAGGAGGCUGAUACAGACGCCAGUCUAUUUCCAUAGUAUCUAGUUGACUUCUGAAUUGCAAAGGAAAUUCUGUUGUGAUUUAAAUAAUGUUAAUAUGAUUUUUAACUGAUAAAAAUUCUGUUUCCAUUGACUUUCUGUACCCUAGAUCUAUUUAUUUUGGUUUGACUUUAGGAUGCUUAUUUUAAAGUUGAAGUGGUAGAAAUGCUAUCUAUUGUGCCAAAAUAAACAUUGCCAGGCAUAACAAAAUUAAUACAUCAAAGAUCAAGGACCGGAGGUGGCCCAGUGGUUAAAAGCACUGACUGUCCUUCCAGAGGACCUGGAUUCAAUUCCCAGCACCCACAUGGUGACUAAAUACCAUUUGUAACUCCAGUUCAGGAUAUCUGAUGGCUUCUUCUGGCUUCUGCAUGUACUAGUCAGGCAAGUUGUACAUGGCAUAAAUGCAGGUCAAACAUCCAUUAACAUAAAACAUCAUAGACAUCUUAGAAAGAAGUAAAGGUAUGAAAAUAUUCCAGAAAAUAAGAAGGACAUUGAGUAGAAUCAAAAUACUAUUAAAGGUACGUAGUACCUUUAGAGUAGAAACAUGUGGGUUGACAAAGAAACAUACAUUUCCAUGGACGGCUCCAGCUUGUCAGCUUGUACAUGGUUCUUCAGUAGGCUCUGUGGCAGCGUGCUUUUCUUCCAGAGUACUGAAAGCAGUUCUGUGCUUGGGGGUCCAGGUUGGAAUAUGGAUGAAGCAGAGGCAGCAAAGAUGCAGCCAGUUAUGAAUAUGCUUCAGUACCAUCUUCCUGCAGGCCUCUCUUGCACACAGGGUGGCAUAGUUAGAUUUGUAAUUGCUCCCAUGAGCUUACUGGGGGUGGUACUCUUAGGAGGCAUGGCUUUGUUGGAGUCGGUAUGGCUUUACUGGAGGAAAUGUGUCAUGGGGGAAGCAGGCUUUGAGGUCUUACAUAUGCUUAAGUCAUACCCAGUGUCUCUGAGCACUUCCUGUUUCUUGUGGGUCAAUAUGUAGGACUCUCAGCUCCUUCUUCAGCACCAUGUCUGCCUGCACCCCACCAUGUCUCACCAUGAUGGACUAAAUGCCUGAAACUGUA